GCUCGCUUUGCUUCUGCCCAGAAGAGGCGGCGGCAGAGCCGGGGGAGCGAUGGGAAAUGAGUUAGCCUGCAUGCAGCUCCGAGAUUCGAACUUUGCACGUUGGUCUCCGCGAUCGGUCCUCGUUCUCCUCUCCCCGCUGUGCUCGGGGAUUAGAUUCCGUGGGAAUGUCUGAGAUCCACCGAAGCAUGCUGGCGGGAUGCGGUUGCGGGGGUGGCAGCCAGGUCCGCCUGCCUGGACUGGCCCUGGUUUGGAAGUCGGGGGCGGAAAGAGCCUCAUUUCGCAGGGCACGGAGAGGGCACGGGAAGAGGAGAACGGCCGCCGCCGCGCUGGAAUUGGUCUGCUUGGAAUAAUGAAUGGGCUUGCAAGCCUUCUUUAGUUCUCACCCGCCGAGACACUUUGCAGCUUGUGACCCUAGUUGAUAAUGUUUUUAAUCAUUAUAACUAUCUUUUUUGCCGUGGUCUCAAAAUCAGAGCUCUUGGGACUUGUUACCACUGCCUCAAGGGCAUCGGGUUUGGGGCGCCACCUGUAGCUGGUGUGGUUAGCCAUUUGCAGUCUCUAGGAGCCAGGCAAAGUUGCUUCCAGAAGAAUGACUCAGCUCCCAGCCAAGCCUCGGUGUCACUAGCUCGGGUCCUUUUGUGGGUCCCGCGGUCCCCCUUUUCAGACCAGCACAACUGGCAGUUUGCAAAGGGAAUUAACUUUAUGACAAUAGCAGCUUCCUGUGCUUGAAGAAGCUGCCCAGGAGAGUUGCUCUCUAAGAGAACUUUUCCAAGAACUGUACAGUAGCUACAGCGACUUAGGGAAACAAUAUUAGAGCCGGUUGAGAUGCAGGUAGUUCAGCUCUUUUUUAAAGAAGUCAGUGCCCAUAGAAGUUAGAAGACUUGCCCAAGAUCACAGACCCCGCACAGAACCUCUUCUGCCUUACCUCUGUUCGGAUAAAAAUGCUCUAGAGGGAAGAGACCAUCCUGGCCAGCCCAAGUUCAUGGCUUAAGUGGCUUCUCUUCUCUUUGCCUGAACUCCCCUAUCCCCAUCCCUCACCUCCCCAAUGUAUUAAUCAGAUUCAGUGUGCCAGACAAUAUUUCCAGUGCUUUACCUGUAACAUUUUUGGUGAAGAAGAGAGGCAAAGUAAAACUCCCCUGAAUAUCUGCUGAGCAGCCCAUAGUGCUGUUCCAUGGAACAACAUUUCUCCUGAGUGCUGCAGUGUGGGAUCCAGAUGCUUCAAGCUGACAAGGAAUUCCAGUGGAAAAUUAAAAGGGCUAUGAGUCUCCAUAGGAUUUAAUUGAUGAAACUGACAACUCUCAUCUGGCUCGGCUGCAACCUCAGUAUUUCUUUCAAACCUCAAUCAUUGAGACUCACUACUUACAAAACAGCUUAUGAUUUAGCUGGGGGGAAACGUUUAUUGGGAAUUUUAUCUUGUGCUAGACUUUAUUCUAUGUAUUUUAGGUGCAUUAACUCAUUUAAUCUUUAUAACAACCCUGUGAGGUAGGUACUGUUAUUACCGCCCUUUUAAAGGUGAAAGUUUGACACAGAAAGUGGAAGUCAUAUUGCUGGUAAGUGGCAGUGCCAGGAUUAGAAAUCUGGCCUUCUGGCUUUAGAUCACACCUCCUUUCAGAAAACAGAGACCAGUGUGAAAAUUAUGUCCUAUACCGUAAGUAUUUGUGUGUGCCCUUGAAACGCCAAGGCUGGAACUUCCAGAGAAGAAGUACAGAGAAACCUGGAUUUCAAAUCUGGGUUUUCUAGUUCUGCUUCUUUUUCUCACUAGCUGUCUGACCUCUUUGGGCAUCGGUUUGGUCAUCUGUAAAAUAAAGAGACUGGGCUAGGUGAUUUCUAAGGGCCAUCCUUAUCUAAAGCUCUGUGCUUCAACGGAUGUACCAGGAUGCCCAGUGUGUGCUGGGGGGAAGAAGAGGGGUUGUUGGCAGUGGUUCCUCUCGUUCUCCCACAGAAUGCUCUGUGUGACUAUACCCAUGUUCACAGGCCUUUCCUACAGCUGGUGUGUCCAUCCCAUAAUCCUCUUCACCCAGAAAAGAGAAAUGUCAUAUGCGAUGGAAAAGAAAUAAUAAAAACUCAUUCAUUGAGCAUCUAAUUUGUACCAGGCACCUUAGAAGUUCCCUUACAUAUCUAAAUGCUCAAAGACAGGCUGUUCAUCAGGCCAAAGUCAUUCUGCUCGAAAAUGAUAAUACCGUGACUCAGAUCCAAGGCCUCAAGGCUGGCUGAGUAGCUGGCUGCCGGCGUGGCGCCCCACUUCGAUGUCUCAAUUGAAGAAUGUGGAAGCCAAGAUCCUCCAGUGUCUCCAGAACAAGUUCCUGGCCCGGUAUGUGUCUCUCCCAAACCAGAACAAGAUCUGGACGGUGACCGUGAGCCCCGAGCUCAGGGACCGCACCCCUUUGGUGAUGGUGCAUGGCUUUGGGGGUGGCGUGGGCCUCUGGAUCCUCAACAUGGAUUCACUGAGUGCCCGCCGCACACUGCACACGUUUGAUCUGCUUGGCUUCGGGAGAAGCUCCAGGCCAACAUUCCCGAGGGACCCAGAAGGGGCCGAGAAUGAGUUUGUGAUGUCAAUAGAGACGUGGCGGGAGACCAUGGGGAUCCCCAGCAUGAUCCUCCUAGGGCACAGUUUGGGAGGAUUCCUGGCCACUUCUUACUCUAUCAAGUACCCUGAAAGAGUUAAACACCUCAUCCUGGUGGACCCAUGGGGCUUUCCCCUCCGACCGACUGACCCCAGUGAGAUCCGUGCACCCCCAACCUGGGUCAAGGCUGUGGCCUCUGUCCUAGGGCGUUCCAACCCACUGGCUGUUCUUCGAAUAGCUGGGCCCUGGGGGCCUGGCUUGGUGCAGCGAUUCCGACCAGACUUCAAGCGCAAGUUUGCAGACUUCUUUGAAGAUGAUACUAUAUCAGAGUAUAUCUACCACUGCAACGCACAAAACCCCAGUGGUGAGACGGCCUUCAAAGCCAUGAUGGAGUCCUUCGGCUGGGCCCGGCGCCCCAUGAUAGAACGAAUUCACUUGAUUCGAAAAGAUGUGCCCAUCACCAUGAUCUAUGGGUCCAACACCUGGAUAGACACCAGCACAGGGAAAAAGGUGAAGCUGCAGCGGCCGGAUUCCUAUGUCCGAGACAUGGAAAUCGAGGGUGCUUCGCACCACGUCUAUGCAGACCAGCCACACAUCUUCAAUGCGGUGGUGGAAGAGAUCUGUGACUCGGUUGAUUGAGCUGCUCUCACUAGAGGAAGUGGAGAAAGCCAGAGAGUCGCUCUU